UGUGUAUAUGUCAUAAACACAGGAGAUCAAACUAUUCAGAUCACACUUGGAAAAUAGAUCAUCACAAUAUUGUUUUCUUGCAACUUUCCUCUCAGGGCUUCUGUACGUGUGACUCUAUGGAUGGCAACUAAUUAUGUCUUCCAACUUGCUUACCAUAACACAUAAUACCGAAAAUUAAUUAGACGAAGAUGUCUUUUUGUUUGGUCACAAAUCAGAAUCCAAGACCAGAAGGCUUUUUAAGGGGUAGCCGUUGAAUGUCGCUGUUUGGUUUUGUGUUGUCGUUUUCUAGAGGAGAUGGAGGAAGACACUGAGGAGCCUGAGUCACGUCUCAGCUGGCUCCCCGCUCCGCUCUGCAAACCUCUGGUCACAGAGUCAGUCUCCAGGGCAGAUGCAUAUGUGGAAGGGAAGGACCAGAUCGGAGGCUGGUUUCAGUCCUCGCUGCUCACCAGCGUAGCCGUCAGGAACAAGGCCCCUUACAAGUCUCUGGUGGUCCAUGGCUUCGCUGUCAGUGAAAAAGGAGAGAAGAUGUCCAAGUCUGUGGGCAACGUUGUGGAUCCAGAUGUAGUUAUUAAUGGAGGGAAGGACCCGGGUAUGCCAGCCUACGGGGCGGAUGUGCUGCGUUGGUGGGUGGCGGAGUCAAACAUCUUCUCUGAGGUUCAGAUUGGACCCACUGCUCUCAACUCAGCCAGAGACAGCAUCGGCAAGCUGAGGAACACUCUGAAGUUCCUGCUCGGCAACCUGCAGGGCUUCGACCCACGUGUCCAGGCUGUGGACCCCAAAGAGAUGCACUACAUCGAUCAGUACAUGCUGCACCUGCUCCGCGAGUACAGCAUCAAGGUGACAGACGCCUACAGUGAGUUUGAUGCCGGUAGGGCCAUUCGUGUCCUCCAAGCCUUCAUCACCAGAGAGCUCUCCAGCUUCUAUUUCAGCAUCAUCAAAGACCGGUUGUACUGUGAUCCAGAGGACUCGUUGGGCAGAAGAUCAUGUCAGACCGUUUUAGAGGAAAUUCUAGACGGAGUGACCAGAUCUAUAGCUCCCAUCCUGCCACAUCUAGCUGAAGAGGUCUAUCUACACGCACCAGGACAUGACGAAGGGGAGACAUUAUUUCAGAGCGGCUGGAUCAAAAGCAGUUCGGUGUGGCGGCGACCAGGAUUGGAGGAGGCAGUGGAGGGGGCCUGUGCCAUCAGGGACUCCUUCCUGUCUUCCAUUCCGGGCAAAAAUGCCGCUCAGUACGACCUCACCAUUGCCAUUGAACCCGGUUUGCUGUUUGAGCUCAUGGAGUCUCUCCAAGAGGAAGCCACCUCCACCUCCUCCCAGCUGGCUGAGCUGAUGACGGUCGCGCGGGUCAACCUGACCAGCGUGCUGCCCCGCGACCUUCCCCCAGACGCCUUGCUGAGCCGCGGCUCCUUCCUCAUCAACCUGGAGGGUGGUGUCAUACGAGAGGACAGCGCCUACAGCAUAGCAGCAGUGCCCACCGCUGCCGCCAGGUGCCCGCGGUGCCGGCGCUACACCACAGACUCGGUGGACUGCCUGUGCCCGCGCUGCCAGACCAUCGUUUCACCGGCUCACUGACAAAGCGUCUUGUCACUGUGACGAACAUUGAACAUCGGCUGUUUCCUUCUCCUGCUUCGGGUGAAGUUCCUCUUGAGGGCUGAAUAGAGACUGGCUUUUAUAAUCCCUGCUGAGAGGUGUAAAACUGACUCCCAGUUACUCCUGUGUUCUUCCAUUUUGGCCACUGCCAGUCAAGAGAGCCUGCAGCUGAGCACAGGGCUGUCCUAAUAGCAGAUAACAACGCGUACUGUCAGGCCUAACUGUUUUAUGCACUUACAAAACCACAAGGCUGAAUGUACAUGAAGCGGGUUUUUUCUGAUCACCAGUGACUUUUUUUUUUUCAAUUAGAUGAAGACCUCUGAACUUUCCAGAAAGGCUCCUGUAUCAUUACUGUGGAGCGCUUUUGUGACUGAUAACUGCACCAAACGAUACAGUAUGAGUAAGCUUGCUUACUGUAUGUUUCAUUGGGAAUACUUAUAUUUUCUUAGAGGGGAUGCCAUUCACGUGGCUUAUCAGUUGUUUUAAGUGCGUAACUACAGGGGAAAGGAAUGCGUUCCUCUGAGUGUCAACAUGUGACAGCAGUAGAGAAUGUAUACUGGGUACGUUCUUGUAAACCUUUCAAUAAUAUAUCCUGUUCCUUGUAAACGUUCCCAUCAAGUUGAAGGUAUAUGGAAAAAAAUGUCUCUAAAUUAUAAAUAAAUGGAUUAUGACAUUU